CACGCGACUAGGCGGGAAACCAGCUACCAUCACUAGUCGCGAGUCGCGAAUCUUCGUGUCACGCCGGUCAGAAGGCCAGACGAGACCACCUCCAAAACAAUAGACGAUUUUUGCAAGAAAAUAUUUCAAUAGAAAUCCCCUCGGUGUUCAAUGGCGGAUAUCCGCCCUGGCGCCUACAACUACAAGACACUACUAUGCAAAAACAUACCGGACCUAUUCCUCGACAAAUUUGUGGCGCGGUCGCAUUUCGGGCGAUUUGGAACGCUCGUUAACUUUGUCCUGCGACCCCGCCGAAUGACCUGUACGGUAAGCUAUGGCACGGAGGCAGAGGCGGAGCGGGCCCUGCGGGAGGGCGACACCUUUAACGGCCGCAAGUUUGACAUAUCCUAUGCGGAGAACGAGAACUCUCCCGCCCAAAAGACAGAGGAGUGGGUAGACCCCGAAGUACAGGCUGAGCUCAGUGCCCUUAGCGCACCAUGGAGAAACGAAUAUUCGGCGGGAAAGGCUACGACCAAGAGGACUACUUCUUUCCAAUCCCAGUCCUCCUCACAGGCAUCCACCUCCAAACUGCCGCAUGGAGGAAGCGGAGGCGGUGGAGGAGGAGGAGGAACCACCACCACCACCAACAGAGACCGUCCGCACACACAACAAGAAAGGGAGAUGGAGUCCCUACUCCGACGUCCCGCCCACACUGCCGAAGAAAGAUAUCGCGUUCUGGACGCCCGAGACAAGUUGCUGCGUUUGAACCAGUCGCACAAGCGCUCCCAGAACCAAAAAAGGUCCAGCACAGCUACAGAGGGAUAUUGCCCGGACAUGUGCCCAGAAAAGGAACGGGCCUUGCGCGAAUUCCAGCGCCAGGUGGCCGUCUACGAGCUACAGCCCAACUCCGAUGAGCUCAUCUGCCACGAACGGGCUCUGAAGCAGUAUUCGCGCAGCAGCGCCGACCAGGAGACACCCCUCGCCCACGAGCUGCGCGGCGAGUCCGCCCUCCACAUGACUAUGAGCUAUCUGAUGCACGAGAUGAUGGACAUUAGUGAGAACCCCGACCUGCAUCUGGGUGACUGGUUUCACUUCGUGUGGGACCGGACUCGCUCCAUCCGGAAGGAAAUUACCCAGCAGGAACUCUGCUCCCUGGGCGUUGUGAAGCUGGUGGAGCAGUGCGCCCGCUUCCACAUCCAUUGCGCCGCCCGACUAGUCGCCGAGGAUCCCAGCGUCUUCGAUUCAAAGAUCAAUGCGGAGAAUCUCACCAAGUGCCUGCAGACCCUGAAGUACAUGUACCACGAUCUGCGCCUGAAGGGUGUGCAGUGUCCAAAGGAGGCGGAAUUCCGCGGCUACAUCGUCCUGCUCAACCUGGCGGAUGCCAACUUCCUCUGGGACAUUGGCCAGCUGCCGGCCGAGCUGCAGAGUUGCAAGGACGUGCGUCAGGCCAUUCAGUUCUACCUCGCCCUCCAGGACACCAACAUCGUCCGCUUCUUCCAGCUGCUGCGGGACAAGGAGACCAGUUACCUUAGUGCCUGCAUCCUGGUCACAUACUUCACGCGACUCCGCGUCCUUGCCCUCCAGCGGCUGAUCAUGGCCUACAGGGCACCCCGGAAGAACGAGGUUUCUUCGCUACCGCUCAGUUAUGUCUCCCAGAUUCUGGGCUGCGGCGACACCCAGGAGGCGGCCGAAUUCGUGCAUCACUACGGUCUGAAAGUGAACAGUGCGGGGCGUGUCCCUCUCACCCGAAUGCACACCGUGGAGUCCGAGUACAAGCUGAGGCGACAGAUAAUGUUGGUGGAGUCCAAGCGCCAGCUGUCCGUUGGCGAGUGUAUCAGCGGGGAGCCCCUGCCUCCGAAAUCCCUCUACCUGAACCACCGACCCCACAACAGUUUCAACGAGCACGGUGUCCUCAAGAGCAUAGCCUGGGAGGCCAAGGACCAGCUGCCCGGCAUGCAAGCCGAGAUGGAGGCGGCGGCAAACCGCCGUUCUCCCCCGCCUGCCCGGACGACCCAGCCAUUCCAUAGACCACCGAACGCUGACUCAUUCUUUAAAGUUCCGAUGGCAGCUCCGGCAGCGCCCGCAGCGGGGCCCUCUACGACGUUCCGUUUCGUGCUGCCCCAGCCCACGCGCCAGACUCAACUGGAGGAGCAGCAGCGGCUGGCCGAGCAGCGUUUUAAGGCUGCCGAGAUGGAGGCCCUUCGAAAGGCCGAGGAGGAGGAGGCGGAGCGCGUACGCCAGGAGAAAUUGCGCCAUCUCCAGGAGGCCGAGGAGCUAAAGCGUCGCCAGGAGGAGCUGCAGAAGCAGCUACAGGAGCAGCAGGAGCUGGAAAGGCAGCGCCGUCUGGAGCUGGCCCGGAUCAAGGAGGAGAAAGAGAUGCUGCGGCAGGAGAGGCUCCGGGAAGAGAGGGAGAGGCGAGAAAAGGAACAGCGAGAAAAGGAACAGCGCGUGAAGGAACGGCGAGAGAUGCAGCUUAAAAGGAAGAAACGUCAAACGGAGCUGACCAACCAGUUCUAUGGGGAACUGCUCAAUGGCGCCAUCAAGGAGAUGUGCCAGCAGGAGCUGGCCCUGCAGAAGGCAGUCUAUCAGUGCUACCAGGACCUGGUGGAAAACGUCGUGUCUGAGCUGGCGGAGAAAGAGCACCAGCAGGCUAUCUACGAAAAGGGUCUGAUGCGGCUAUACUGGCGUCGCUGGCGCAACUACCGCGGCAUCCAGCAGAAGAAGGAUGUCCUCUUCAACCAGCUGCCGCUGAGCUUCGUGGCGGAGACCCCGAAACGCCUGUUGGAUGAGCGCCAUGUGGAGGAGUCCGUGCGCCUGAUUCGGCGCUACCGACAGGGCGAGGCCUGCGACUACAAGAAGCUCUUAGCCGGCCUCGAGGAGAAGACCUGGCUGAAGCUGGACCUGUGGCGCGUUUUGGCCCAAUGCCUGCCCGUUAAGGUACCAGGUGCCCGGCGAUUCUACAAGCUUCUAAUUAUGCUGCCCGCCGGAGACGAUGGCCUUCAGCUGAACAAUGACCUGGACCGAGGACUGCUGCAGCAGCCCCAGGCGCCGGAUGCCCGCAUGGAGCCCGGCGGCUAUAUCCGUGGACUGGCCCAGAACGUAGCCCUGAGCGUUGUGAAGGUCCGGGACCACUGGGAUCCGCAGGAUCUUCAGGAUGCCGAUGGCAUCCUUUGCCUGGCUGAAGCUUCGCACUUUCCCCAACUGGGCCAGCGUCUAAAGCAACUCGUCCAGGCCAGUGGCUGCCCGGAUGUGGCCCUGAUCCUGCAAUAUCCAUAUACCCAACUGGAUGAUCCCGAGCCGCCGCUGGAGGAGAUGGGCCUUCGCCACUGGAGGAUCUUCCCACUCAGAUAUACUGGAAACAACCGGGAGCGCUUGCUAUCUCACAUCCGGAGCGCCGUCGAGUUCCUGGGCAGGGCUAAGAUCGUCCCGAAGCUGCAGCAAGGGGAGCUUCGCGAGUUGCUGAUCUGGCACCUCGGACAGGAGCUCUUCCGCCGGCUGAAGUACAACGACACCAUCCGAAGGAGAUGUCGCCAGAGCCCCCAGUACUGCGUGAGGCUCUAUAACGAGGCAGUGCGUCGCAUGCAGCUGGUGCUGGGCGAGGACCUGAGACACGCUCCCCGGCUGCCCGAGGAGCUGCGCGUCUUCGUGGAACCCUUGUCGGGACUCGCAGCCAUAAACACCAGCCGGCUGGAGUACUUUGAACCUGGAUGGGAAACACCGGAGCGCCGCCAGAGAAUCGUGGAUCUGUUGGAGCGCGCUAAAAUGCCCACAAUGAGGCCCGUGCCCGAACGGGAGGAGGAGCAGUGCCAGUGGGUCCUGGACUACGCCACACAGUCGCAGCAGGAGGACCUGGUGGAGAUGAUCUCUAUGCUGGCCAUCAAGUGUCUGGAGCGCACACCCCGGGACUACCUCGGCCUGGUGGAAGUCUUCGCUACCGAGAGGCUGCAGUGGUUGCUCCGCGGGGAGCCGCGGGAACGUCAGGGACUAGUCUUCAAAAGGGCCACCAUGAGGAAAUGCUUUCUCAGCGACUGGUACUACGAGUUCGAGGAGCCCGACUACAAUGAUAGCGUGCGGGAGCAGUUGGAGGAACAGCAGAAGCAGGAUCAGGCGAUGGCGCAGACGCAGGUGCAGAUGGUGGAUAAACUGGAAGUCCAAGAGGUCAUCAGCCGGGCGGAGGCCAUCCUAGAGCGGUUCCAGAACCGUCGCAUCCUCUCCGAGCUGAACAGCGAGAAGCAAGCUAAAAAUAAGAGGCUGGAGAGUCUGGUGAGACGCGACCCCAUAGACCCGGAGACCACGUCCAAGCGCCAGCGCCUGGAAGAGCUCCGAGGCGAAAGCAUCCACCUCCCCAAACUAUUUGUGUUUCCGUUUUUUCUAUUUUGUUUUUACGAUUUUUAUCCAAUUUUGAAAACCGUUUCGAGUAAAAUUGCCUGGAAAAUGCACAGCCUAGUGGCACAUGCGGAAAAGCAAGUGGUGCGGCCCCAGCAAGCUGGACGCCUGUUCUCCGUUAUCCGUCAGACCUGCACCGCUGCCAUCAACAUAUCCCGAGGCGGCGGCCAGAACACGGGCGGUGCCCUCCGGGAGAUGGUCACCCAACUAUACGGCCCACAAUCGAGGACAAUGUGGCCCCGGCACAUGGCCAGUCUGGUAAGUAGAUCGGGCAUUCAGGGGGACUUGUGGCGACCCUACGUGAGCUUCAGCACGCGCCUCGAGCGCAAGCUGGCCGUGGUGAUCCUGAAGCGAUACUCCAGCAUGCGGUUCCUGAGCACCGAUCUGGUCACGAGGCGUUCAUCCAACUGCCGUCUGCCGAUUCGCAGCCGGUACGCGCCCAAGACAAUGCAGGCCCGCCACUGGCACCACUGGCGGAAGACCAACCUGCGACCCCUGCUUCUGCCUUCCUCGAAUAUCUGGACAGGCUUUCUCUCCAACCGGUGCUAUGCGAUGAAGCGGCGCUCAGUGCCCCAACUGGAGCUAACCGAGGCCGAGGCCGAGCACGAGGAGUUGAUCAUAGAACGAUGUCGGUCGAACUCGAAGCUGGGGGAGGUUCCCCGCCGGGGCUACGAGGACGACGAGGAGGACUCCGACGACAGUGACACCAGCCAGCAGCAGACGCUGGAGCUGAUGAAGCCAGAGUUGGCCGCCAAGUGGGUGCCCGUCGAGGACAGAGGUGCGGAGCCACGCCGCGAUCAUCUCCUCGAAAAGCUGAAGGCCACCCGGAGCGGCCGGACAAUGGCUCAGUCCAGCGUGCGCCGGGAACUGCGCCGUCACCGCCGGUACUCGCACCGCGGUCGGGCGUUCGAUCCGGUGCCGAUCUCCGAGCUGGAGGAGUGGCGGCGCUCCGAGGAGCACUUGCCGGUGCCCGACUUCCAGGGCGGGCCGGUCGAGCAGGAGCACCUGCAGAUCAACAGCGACAGUUCCAGUGCCCAGAUGGUAACGCGGCAGUCGGAUGACGAGGACGACGAAGACGGACACCAGUCGCCCCUGGUGUGGAGCGAGAUGAAGAAGAUGUCCCCCUGGGGUGGACUAGGGCGCGUGGCGAAACAGUUGGGGUCCCGAAAGAAGCCCUCCCUCCUGCCGACCAUCAAGGCGGCCAAGUCGAACCUGCUCCUGGCCGAGGAGCACGGCUACCAGGGCCGGAUUCGCCGACUGCGACAGUCGAACACCAGCGUGGAUAGCCUGGAAAGCCUGGAGGAGGCCGAGGACGAGGAGGAUCAUCCAGUAAGCGAGUCUUCCAGGGCGCGAUCCCGGCAGCUGUCGCUGAAAGGGUCAACCGCCAAGGAGGCAAAGGUCCAGAAUCGAUCAAAGGUGGGGGAGGGAGGCGUGGCGGCCCCCAAACCGACCAAGGCCAGCAGCAAGCCCGUGGAUGCCGCGAUGUCGCGGCCCGCGGAGCGAGCAUUGCUUAAGCAACAUCUAGCCGACCUGCUACCUGUGUCAGAGUCCCGCGCCACCCCCUACCGGAUCGAGUACCAGCCCAACGCCCCCACCCGCCAACUCCUUGAGCAGGGCCGCUGCCACGUCCCGCUGAGCCGGGAGCCCGCCACCCUGGGACCGGUGCGUCCCUACUCGACCGUUCCGGGCCCCGACCUGGAGCGGAGCACCUCUGUGGGCAUCGAUCCCCUAGGCCUCGCGCUGAUGAACCUCCGCUCGUCCGGCAAAGACAUCAACCUGCAUCACAUGGACGGUGCCAAGCGGCCUCGCGUCGUCCAAGUCGUAAAGAAGCCAUCACUGCUGACCCUCUUGGGCCGAGACGCCUCGAUGGUGGCCGGAAAGACGGGCGCCAGACGCUCGACCUCCGCGGCACCAGGGUUGGUCGAACAGACCUACUCCAAGCACAGACAGGCCAAGGAGCGAGCCGCGCCCAAGAGCCGCUGCCGGUCCAAGCUGCCGGCGCAGGAGGUCGUCGCCCUGGGCGAGCUGCAGAAGGCGAAGCUCAAGCGGUCGCCCACCGAGUCCUUCCGCCGCGUGGAGACGUCAUAUCGCGCCACUGUCAACGAGGUUCCCAAUCCCUUCAAGGACCUGGAGGCGCCCAGGAUCAUGGAGAAGGCGGUGGCCACCAGUUCGAUGCAGGCCAAUCAAGCUAGGAUGUACCAGUGCACGAAGCUGCUAACCAAGGAUGGGAUUCCAAGCCGCAAGGAGCCUGGGUCUGGGUAUGCAAGGGGCGGGCUACCUCCCAAGCCGGAGAGCAAGAAGCCACUGACGGUCCACCCGCCCAGGCGACCAGAGGUGAGUCCUAAAGUCCAGACACCCGAUCCCAAGGACCCGAAAAUGUACGUCCGGAUGGACUCGUUCCGCAAGCCGAUACCCAUGCGCAACCAGCCGCUGGUCAGCAAGUUGGCGGCCAGGCUGCCGCCCCCAGUGCCGAGCCUGAAACCGCCCACAACGGCGGCCAUGUUGAUGACCAAGGAGAAGUGGGAGUGGGCGCGUUCCAAGAAGGACACCUUUGAACAUCGGUGGCGCUUCUAGUACCACCACUAGACACUCCUUGCCGGAGUUUAGAACCCAAUCCCGAUGCCCAUCGACCCAGCAAUUAACCAAAUUGAGGAGUGAAAUGCCAGGACAUGCUCCACUACCACCACCACUAGCACACGCCUCCUGGAGCUCAGCCCGGAGUAUGCAGUCUCGGAACACUAUCCCGCAUAAGAAGCUAUAGAUCCCCUCCCCCCCC